CCGAGGAGUGGUCCACAUUUCCGGGCGAGAGCUGGACUUAUUGGUACCACGUGGGAGCUGCUGAGAAGAUUCGUUGGGCUCUGAGUCCUGCCCGAAGUCGAGCUCCGGCCUGUGUGUUUAGAAAUCCGCUGGCCUGAAAGAUGACGUCCUUAGCUCAGCAGCUCCAACGACUCGCCCUCCCUCAAAGUGAUCCCAGCCUCUUAUCUAGAGAUGAAGUUGCCUCUUUGUUGUUUGACCCCAAGGAAGCGGCCACCAUCGACAGGGACACCGCCUUUGCCAUUGGAUGCACUGGCCUGGAAGAGCUGCUUGGUAUCGAUCCUUCCUUUGAGCGUUUUGAAGCACCGUUGUUCAGCCAGCUAGCAAAAACCUUGGAGCGGAGCGUUCAGACCAAGGCAGUGAACAAACAGCUGGAUGAAAACAUUUCAUUAUUUCUUAUCCACCUAUCUCCUUACUUCCUGCUGAAGCCGGCACAGAAGUGUCUGGAGUGGUUGAUCCACAGGUUCCACAUCCAUCUUUAUAAUCAGGAUAGCCUCAUUGCCUGUGUUCUCCCAUACCACGAGACAAGAAUAUUUGUGCGGGUUAUACAGCUUCUAAAAAUUAAUAAUUCAAAGCACAAGUGGUUCUGGUUAUUGCCAAUUAAGCAAUCUGGAGUGCCCUUAGCUAAGGGAACUUUGGUUACCCACUGCUACAAAGAUCUCGGAUUCAUGGAUUUCAUUUGUAGUCUGGUGACAAAAUCCGUGAAGGUUUUUGCUGAGUAUCCUGGGAGCUCAGCUCAGUUGAGGGUGCUCUUAACUUUCUAUGCUUCUACCAUCGUGUCUGCUCUGGUGACCGCCGAGGACUUAUCCGACAAUAUAGUCGCCAAGCUGUUCCCAUAUGUUCAAAAGGGAUUGAAAUCAUCUUUACCAGAUUACAGAGCGGCAACAUACAUGAUAAUAUGUCAGAUUUCGGUGAAAGUGACCAUGGAAGAUACCUUCGUCAAUUCCUUGGCUUCACAGAUCAUCAAAACACUGACCAGAAUUCCCUCUCUGAUCAAGGAUGGAUUGGGGUGCUUGAUAGUGCUCCUGCAGAGACAGAAGCCAGAGAGCCUGGGGAAAAAGCCAUUUCCUCACUUAUGUACUGUUCCUGAUCUUAUUACACUACUUCACGGGAUUUCUGAAACAUAUGACAUCAGUCCUCUUCUGCGUUACAUGCUUCCCCAUCUGGUUGUCUCCAUUGUUAAUCAUGUUACAGGGGAAGAAACUGAAGAGAUGGAUGGUCAAAUCUAUAGGAGACUCUUAGAAGCCAUACUUACAAAUAUAUACCUGAAGAACAACUUAGACCAUUUGUUGGCUAGCCUUCUUUUUGAGGAGUAUAUUUCCUACAGCUCACAGGAAGAAAUCGAUUCUAAUAAAGUAUCUUUGCUUAAUGAGCAGUUUCUUCCACUUAUCAGACUUGUAGAAAGCAGAUAUCCCAAAACAUUAGAUGCCGUAUUAGAGGAACGCCUAAAGGAAAUUACAGACCUAAAAAAACAGGAGCUUUUUCACCAAUUUAUCUCUCUUUCUGCAAGUGGUGGAAAGUAUCAGUUUUUAGCAGAUUCUGAUACCUCCUUGAUGCUCAGUCUGAAUCAUCCACUUGCUCCUGUGAGACUUCUGGCCGUUAAUCAUCUGAAAAAUGUCAUGACAACAUCAAAGGAGAGUAUCGAUGAGUCUUUCAUUAAAGAAGCUAUUUUAACCCGAUUAGGUGAUGAUAACAUAGAUGUUGUCUUGUCAGCUAUAAGUGCAUUUGAGAUUUUCAAACAACGGUUUAGUUCAGAAGUGACAGUUUCAAAUCUCCUGAAUCUCUUUCAAAGAGCAGAACUUUCAAAAAAUAAGGGAUGGUACAAUGUGCUUGAGAUAGCAGCAGACAUACUAAUUAAAGCAGAGAUACUGAGUGAAAAUGAUCAGUUGUCGAAUCAGGUGGUGGUGCACCUGCUGCCAUUUAUGGUCAUCAACAAUGAUGAUAUGGAAUCUGCUGAGAUGAAAAUGGCUAUAUAUUUAUCAAAAUCAGGAAUUUGCUCUCUGCAUCCUUUAUUAAGAGGCUGGAAAGAAGCUCUUGAAAAUGUGAUUAAAAGCACAAAGUCAGGAGAACUAAUUGGUGUAGCAAAUCAGAAGAUGAUUGAGUUGCUGGCUGACAAUAUAAAUUCAGGGGAUCCCUCUUCAAUGUUAAAGAUGGUGGAGGAUUUAAUAAGUGUUGGAGAAAAGGAGUCCUUUAGCCUGAAGCAGAAAGUGACUUUUCACGUGAUCAUGGCUGUACUUGUCUCCUGCUGUUCGUCUUUAAAAGAAACUCAUUUUCCAUUUGCGACAAGAGUCUUCAAUUUGUUGCAGAAAAAAAUAAAGAAGCUCGAAAGUGUCAUUACUACAGUGGAGAUCCCCUCAGAAUGGAAUUUUGAGCUGAUGAUGGACAGAGGGAUACCAUUGGAGCUGUGGGCACAUUAUGUAGAACAGCUCAAGACUGCCCAGAGGAUUGCUGUGGAGGACUCAGUUUUACUCGUGUUUUCACUGAAAAAUUUUAUUCAUGCACUAAAGGCUCCUAAAUCUUUUCCUAAAGACGAUACCUGGUGGAACCCUGAGCAGCUGAAAGAAGACAGCAGAGACUACUUGUGCUUGCUCAUUGGGCUCUUCGAGCUGGUUCUCAGUGGUGCUGACACCGUCCAUUUUCGGGUUCUGAUGAAACUUUUCAUGAAGGUACAUCUAGAAGAUGUUUUCCAGUUAUUCAAGUUCUUUUCUGUUUUAUGGACCUAUGGUUCUAGCCUUUCAAAUCCACUUAACUGCAGGGUGACAACAGUGCUGCAGACUCAAGCUCUUUAUGUGGGCUUUGCAAUGCUCUCUUCUCAGAAAGCUCAGUGUAAACAUCAGCUGGCAUCCGCAUCUUCUCCAGUGGUGACAUCUCUACUCGUUAAUCUGGGAAGCCCCAUAAAAGAAGUACGUAGGGCUGCCAUUCAUUGUCUCCAGGCCCUCAGCGGAGUGGCAUCCCAGUUUCAUCUGAUCAUAGAUCAUGUGGUUCCUAAAGCAGAGGAGAUCACCUCAGAUGCCACCUAUGUUGCUCAGGAUUUGGCUACUUUAUUUGAGGAACUACAGAGAGAAAAGAAGCUGAAAUCUCAUCAGAAGUUGUCUGAAACUUUGAAAAACCUACUUUAUUGUGUAUAUAGUUGCCCAUCUUAUAUUGCAAAAGAUUUGAUGAAAGUACUUCAGGACGUCAGCAGUGAGAUGGUGCUUUCUCAGCUGUUGCCUGUGAUUGAGCAACUGUUAGAAAAGAUCCAGAAGGAGCCCACAGUUGUCCUGAAAGAUGAGGUCAUUGCUCUGCAUCUCAUUCUGGGAAAAUAUAAUGAAUAUUCAGCUUCCCUUUUACAUAAGGACCCGAAGAGUCUAGAUAUAUUUAUAAAAGCUGUGCACACAACAAAGGAACUUUGCACAGGAAUGCCAACCAUUCAGAUUACAGCCCUCGAAAAGAUUACGAAGCCAUUUUUUGCAGCUAUUUCGGAUGAAAGGGUUCAGCAGAAGCUUUUGUGCACAUUGUUUGAUUUAUUGGUGAACUGUAAAAACUCACAUUGUGCUCAGACUGUUAGCAGUGUUUUUAAAGGGAUUUCCGUUAAUGCUGAACAAGUCAGAAUAGAACUGGAGCCACCAGAUAAAACUAAGUCCUUAGGCACAAUUCAGCAAACAAGGAGGCAGAAAAUGCAGCAGAAAAAAUCACAAGAUCUAGAAUCUGUUCAGGAAGUUGGCAGUUCUUACUGGCAAAGAGCAACCCUCAUCCUAGAAUUACUGCAGCACAAAAAGAAACUCAAAAGUCCUCAGAUAUUGAUACCGACUCUUUUUAACCUGCUGUCAAGGUGUUUAGAGCCUUUGCCACCGGAGCAGGGAAGUAUGGAAUACACCAAACAGUUAAUUCUAAGUUGUUUGCUUAACAUCUGCCAAAAACUCUCUCCAGAUGGCGGCAAAAUACCAAAAGAUGUUCUUGAUGAGGAGAAGUUCAACGUGGAAUUGAUAGUUCAGUGCAUCCGCGUUUCCGAGAUGCCUCAGACCCAUCACCAUGCCCUUUUACUUUUGGGUGCUGUUGCUGGAAUAUUUCCUGAUAAAGUUCUACACAACAUCAUGUCUAUUUUUACAUUUAUGGGAGCCAAUGUGAUGCGUCUAGAUGAUACUUACAGUUUUCAAGUUAUUAACAAGACAGUGAAAAUGGUAAUUCCAGCACUUAUGCAGUCUGAUGGUGGCGACUCUGCAGAAGUCACGAGGAACGUGGAGGGCAUCGUGGUCAAGAUCAUGAGCGUGUUUGUAGACGCGCUGCCCCACGUGCCCGAGCACAGGCGCCUGCCUGUCCUCGUCCAGCUUGUUGGCACCCUGGGCGCAGAGAGAUUCCUCUGGGUUCUCCUCCUCCUGCUGUUUGAACAGUAUGUCACCAAAACAGUGCUGGUGGCUGCCUUCGGAGAAAAGGAUGCUGUUUUAGAGGCAGACACUGAAUUUUGGAUUUCAGUCUGUUGUGAAUUUACUGUGCAGCAUCAGAUCCAAAGCUUGAUGAAUAUCCUUGAGUACUUAAUGAAGCUGCCAGAGGAAAAAGAAGAAACCCUUCCCAUAUCAGUAUCUUACAAGAGCGAAUCACAAGAAGAAAUGCUCCAGGUUUUUAACAUAGAUGCUCACACUAGCAAGCAACUGCGGCAUUUUAAAUUUUUGUCAGUGUCCUUCAUGUCUCAGCUCCUGGCCUCCAAUAAUUUUAUCAGAAAGGUAGUUGAAAGUGGCGGUCCUCAGGUGUUGACAGGCCUUGAACAGAGGUUGCUAGAAAUGGUUCUUGGCUACAUUAAUGCUGUAGCACAGUCCAUGGAAAGAAACGCAGACAAGCUCACCGGGAAGUUUUGGCGAGCACUCCUCAGCAAAGCGUACGACAUGCUGGACAAGGUCAAUGCCUUGCUGCCCACAGAAACCUUCAUCCCUGUGAUCAGAGGGCUGCUGGAGAACCCACUGCCUUCUGUUCGCCGGAAAGCUUUGGAUCUUUUGAACAACAAAUUACAGCAGAAAACCUCCUGGAAGAAGAAAAUUGUUUACCACUUCCUGGAACUGGUCCCAGUCCUUGUGGCCAUGGUGAAGCAUAAAAGAAAGACAUUAGAAGAACAACCAAUCAACAGACAGACAGCUUUAUACACCUUAAAGCUUUUAUGCAAGAAUUUUGGUGCAGAAAAUCCAGAGCCUUUUGUCCCUGUGCUGAACACUGCCGUGAGGCUGAUUGCUCUAGGAACAAAGGAGGAGAAGAACGUCCUGGGGGGUGCCCUGCUGUGUGUGGCCGAGGUGGUCUCCACGCUGGAAGCCCUGGCCAUCCCUCAGCUCCCCAGCCUGAUGCCGCCAUUACUGACAACCAUGAGGCGCGCCCGCGACCUGGCCUCGGGCGAGGUCUACCUGCUCAGUGCCCUGGUGGCCCUGCAGAAGGUGGCUGGGACCCUGCCGCACUUCAUCAGCCCCUACCUGGAAGAUGUCUUGUUGCAGGUGAUUCACUUGGAGAAAGUCACUAGUGAAAUAGCUCCUGCCUCCCAGGCUAAUGUCCAUCUCAUGUCCCUUAAAAAGACCCUGGCUACCACGCUGUCACCCCGAGUCUUACUGCCAGCCAUCAACAAGACAUACAAGCAGAUUGAGAAGAAUUGGAAGAAUCUCAUGGGCCCAUUUAUGAGCAUCUUGUGCGAGCACAUCGGGGUGAUGAGGAAGGAGGAGCUCGCCUCCCACCAGCCCCAGCUCACCACGUUCUUCCUGGAGGCCCUGGACUUCCGCGCCCAGCACUCUGAGAAUGAUCUGGAGGAAAUUGGAAAAACGGAAAAUUACAUCAUUGACUGUCUCAUGGCCAUGGUUGUAAAACUUUCUGAGGUCACAUUCAGACCCCUGUUCUUCAAGCUGUUUGAUUGGGCUAAAACAGAGGACGCCCCAAAGGACAGACUGUUGACAUUUUACAACUUGGCAGAUUGCAUUGCUGAAAAACUGAAAGGGCUUUUUACCCUGUUUGCUGGCCACUUAGUGAAGCCUUUCGCUGACACCUUGAACCAGGUGAACAUCUCCAAAACAGAUGAAGCGUUUUUUGACUCUGAAAGUGACCCUGAAAAGUGCUGCUUGCUACUGCAGUUUAUUCUGAACUGUUUAUAUAAAAUCUUCCUCUUUGACACCCAGCAUUUUCUAAGUAGAGAGAGAGCAGAAGCCUUGAUGAUGCCCCUGGUGGAUCAGCUGGAAAACAGGCUUGGAGGAGAAGAGACGUUCCAGGAACGGGUGACGAAGCACCUGAUCCCGUGCCUUGCACAAUUCGCAGUGGCCAUGGCAGACGACUCGCUUUGGAAACCACUGAACUACCAGAUCCUGCUGAAGAUGAGGGACUCCUCACCCAAGGUUCGAUUUGCUGCUCUGAUUACGGUGCUGGCACUGGCUGAAAAACUAAGAGAGAAUUAUAUCGUCUUGUUACCAGAAUCCAUUCCUUUCUUAGCUGAAUUGAUGGAAGAUGAAUGUGAAGAGGUGGAGCAUCAGUGCCAGAAGACUGUUCAGCGGCUGGAAACGAUCCUGGGAGAGCCGCUCCAGAGCUACUUCUAAAGCCCUGAUCUCUGGUAUUUCAUGCUGUUCAGGGGUCAGACUGACUUCUCAUAUUUUUAUCUUGGGUGUUUAGGACCAUAUUACUUUUGGUGCCGCUAACACCUACUUGGACUUCUUUACAAAAUUCCCACCUGGUUUGUGCUACCACAUAAGCCUCUCCUGCCAGUUGUACAGAAUAUAGAAAAAGAGUAAAUGAUACAUGGUAUUUUUAUACAGACUGCUGUUUGUUUAAUUAAGACCGUCGAUGAUGGUCUUUUCUGAGUGAUGUUAUUACCAUUACAUACAUGAUUAAUUUUAGCACCCAAAGCUAACCCCCAUUUAGACUGUAAAGCCUUAACUUUCCUGGUAAAGGACUGUCUUUUGUACGUAGCAUCGGUGUCAGAGAUUUCACUCAAAGCAGCUCUUUACUUCAAGAAAAUGAGAGUUAUUCAGCACCCAACAAGAAUGCUUUCAACUGUAAAGCCAUUUGGACUUUUACUUUUCAUUUUGGGUAGAUGACACUUCAGUCUUAAUUUUUGCGUGUGCUCAUGGAGGGGAGUAGUUGUGGGAUGCAUUUUCUGCUCUGGAAUAUGAUCGUCUCUCCUUUAUCCUUCAGUCUUUUGGGGGGCAGGGGGUGGAAGCAGUAGGCUGUUUAUAAAACAGCCACACCUCACUGCUCCCACAAAUAACGAGGGCUCAGAAACACCAGGUGGUAAGAGGGAGCCCCUUCAGGGUUAGAAAUGCUCACAUUUCUAUCGGUGGUUAACCAAGGAUUACUUUUAUGAGGAAAAAAGUAAACAACAGAUUUUUUUUCAAAGCUUUGAAGUUCUCCAAUCUCUAUACAAUGUCAUGGUGAAGCUGCAAAGUGAGGGUGCAAAUAAAAGUAAACAAAUCUGCCUUUAUUUUGUUUAAGGCAUUUUAUUUAUUUAUGCCUUUUUAAAAUGUAAGGCCUCUAAGCACUGUUGCAUAGGUGUUCAAAUCAAGUCUGAAAGCCCUUGAUCUAAUUUAAUACAGAAACUUAGUGUGGAAUCGUGACAAGCAAAGGCUGAUUUGCAGCCUGGAGACGGAGUUUGCUAGGAACACAUAUUUCUCUUUAUGAAACAUCUCAACAGGAUUCAUUAAUAAAUGCUAAUGGCUUCUUUUCAAAAAAAAAUCUUAAGAUUUUAUAUUUAUUCUAUCAAAGAAAUGGUCAGCCUUCUUAGUAUCAUCCACAUAAAAUGAAAAUGAACUAUGUUUAAGACUUACAGGAAACAAGGUAAGUGGGCUUUUCUUUUUUCCUAAGUGGUCCACCGUUUCCACCAUCUGCCAGGCCCUCUGAUGUUCUUUUCUGGAGGAAAAAAAAACCUUGGGGGAUACUAGACCCUUCUUGCCUUCUACAGCUUUCCCAACAUCCUCUCCUCCACCAGUGUUUUUUUGUUUGUUUUAGCUUGGCAAGACUGGGCAUAAUAAAUUAAUAUGACAAGGUGGAAAAGAAUUAAGUGCUACACUGAGUACUUUUUAAAAGUAAGACUGGUAACAGUAUUUUUUCCACUAUAGGGAUACAAAUAAUACCUAACCAAAAGCUGUUAUGAAAAUAUUCCCAAAUCCUGGCAGAAUUCAGCCCAGCGAUUUAAUAUAAAAUGAUCUGACUGAUCUAGCUUUUUACCUCCCCACUCCCAAGGCUCUGAAAUUCCCUGUGACAAGAUCUGACCUGUAAGAAUUCUACAAAGAACUUCUGCCAACUCUCUUCAAAGAAUAACAGAAAAAAAUACAGAAAUGCAACAACAGUUUAACUUGCUGAUACAGGUUUGAUUUUAAUCACUGAAGGGAGAACAGCGUUUUGAUCUCAGUCACUAACGAUGACGGGGUCGUCUUAGAAGAGGAGAGGCAGUGCUGGUCUGCGUGCAGACAAGCAACAGGCACACACGGCCUCUCUCUACUUCACUGGUCUCUGCUGGUGUAUUUUACUUUCUGAUAGGGCCUGUUCUAUAAUCAAUCAUUAAGUCUAAUCUUGACAUUGCUUUGUUACCCACAAACAUUUUACAAAUUGAAUCCAUCUCUCGUCUACCUUAAACUUUCAGAGGAGACCUCUGACUCACCCUAAAUUCCAAUAUUCUAAAAUAACCAUUUACUGGUACAGAAGAUCAGUGGCCUGGAGAUUGACAUCAAGUUAAUUUCAGUACCAUUUGGUUUUGUUCGUUUUGCUUUGUUUUUUGCCUCUAUCUUGUGCUGUGUUCCGAUCUCAUAAUGAUAAUUAUUUGGUAAUGCUUACAGCUAGAAGAUAUAAAUAUUAUGCUAAAGAAAAUUGCCAGAUGUAGGUCAACAUCAAUCCUCUCAAUUACAGGAUACGAUCAAACACUGGGUAUGAAAGGCAGCACUGCAGGAAGAGUGGUGUCGCCUAUAGUGUCCUCAGGUGAUCUAACAGAAUAAUUCUUUUAAGUGCCUGGUGAGUUUAUGUAGUGCGUGGAGGAGAAACAACGGCACAGUGGCAAAGCACGGAAGGUUCUGAGCUGAACAGAACAGGGAACGUACGUGCCUCACUGUGCCCUCCCAGCUCCCAGCACAGUGCUGGCAAAAGACAAGCGCUCCAUGCAGGGUGGCUACUGUGUU